AUGACAAAGACUUGUUUUAUCAUUAUCAUUUAUAAAAAGGUAGCAAUUAUAUUGAGUCGUAAUUUUGAAAAAAUCUCGGUCAUCGAUUUUUAUGCCAACAAAACAAUUUUGAUCACGGGUUCAACAGGAUCGAUCGGAAAACUUUUACUAGAAAAACUAUUACGAGAAUGUUCGGAAGUAAAACGAAUUUAUCUACUGAUUCGAUCGAAAAAAUCGCUUUCAUCACAGCAACGAUUAAAGAACAUGUUUUCAUCAUCUUUAAUUUUUGACCAUCAAUCACUUGACAAAGUCUAUGCGAUUGAUGGUGAUAUUUGUCAAGAUAAUUUGGGCAUUUCCGAUGAAGAUUAUCAAAAAUUGUGUCAAGAAGUGCAGAUAGUUUUCCAUUCGGCUGCUUAUGUAAAAUUCAGUGGCGUACUGGAGACUUUUAUCGAACAGAAUGUGAAGGGCACCGAUCGUUUGAUGGGUCUUUGUGAACAAAUGUUAAGACUUGAAUCAAUUGUUCAUGUAUCUACCGCGUUUUCCAAUUGUGUGCAAAAAAACAUUGAAGAAAGAAUCUAUCCACCACCAUUUGAUCUUGCUAAAUGGCCAGAUUUAAAUUCAUUUCUGAAAAUGCUUGAAAAAAAUUUUGCAAAAUUAAACAUUAAAAAUGGGCAUCCGAUCCUGAAUGGCCAUCCUAAUCCAUAUACUUUUUCAAAAGCAAUUGCUGAAUGGCAUGUUAAUAAGCGAUAUGGUCAUCUGCCCGUAAUAAUUUGCCGUCCAUCAAUUGUUGCAAGUACAUAUCGUGAACCAUUACGCGGUUUUAUCGAUAAAUUUGCCGGCUAUACAAGUAUGGUUUCAGUGUUAUGCACCGGAAUAGCAAGAUCGCUAAUAGUAAAUUUAGAUUGUAAAGCCGAAAUCAUUCCUGCCGAUUAUGUCGUUAAUUCGCUGCUAAUUUGUGCAGCAUAUCGUGCAUCAUCUAUGUUUGAUUCAUGUAGAAAAGUUGUUCAUCAAACUAUUGGCCCACAAAAUUCAAUAACAUGGCAACGAAUGAAUGAUGAAAAUUUCUUAUAUGAAAAUCAAAUGCCAACCAUGAAACUGAUUCGCCCAGUUAAAAAAGACUACUCUAAUAAGUAUCAAACAAGCUGGGACAAACUAUGCUAUAAAUGGACAAAAUUAUUCAAUCAUUAUCCAUUUGCCUUAUUCAUUGAUUUUCUUUGUUUAAUUACUGGUAAUCGCCCUUUUCUAGUUCGCAUCACUCGCAUUAUGCAUGCAACAUCGGAAGAAUUGAAAUUUUUCACGACCAAAAAUUGGCAUUUUCAAUGCAAAAAUAACAUGGAAAUCUAUCAUUUGAUCAAUGAGCAAGAACGGCCAUUAUUCAAUUGUGAUUGCAAUACGAUUGACUGGUCAGAUUUUUGUUAUCAGACAUUGAUGGGUGGUCGAAGAUAUUUGCUAAAAGAACCAGAUUCAAACAUUGAACAAGCAAAACAACGAAAAAACUUGUUACAUUUAAUAUACGAAUCAAUUUAUUUUUUUCGCAAUGUCUUUAUUAUUUGGGUCAUUAAAUCAUUUAUAAUUUAUACUUUCGAUUAG